AUGUCUUGUUCAAACAAGCCAGCUUUCUAUCACCUCAGAUAGGGAAGGGUAGCAGAAGGGCAGAAAACUGGCGACUGGCAUUCAUGUGUUGAAACAUUUCUGCAGCCAUUUUUCCUUCCUGAAGCCUGAGGAUCUGAGAGGCAGACUGCGGUGAGAGCCAGUGUCGUCUUACAUCCUGCAGGAGUGUGUGAGUGCUGGAGACACGGCAGUAAACCGAGGGGAGGCAACACUGGAUGGACAGAAUAUGGGGUCAGAUGAGGCUUACAACUUUGUCUUUAAGGUGGUUCUAAUAGGAGAAUCUGGUGUAGGAAAGAGCAAUCUGCUGUCCCGCUUCACCAAAAACGAGUUCAACCAUGACAGCCGAACAACCAUCGGGGUGGAGUUCAGCACGCGCACCGUGCAGCUCAGCGGCUUCACCAUCAAGGCCCAGAUCUGGGACACGGCCGGGCUGGAGCGAUACCGUGCCAUCACUUCUGCGUGAGUGUCAAGACCCUCACAGCUCU